GGGGGGGGGAGUAAGUAUGACUCGACCCUUACACCAGUCCUUGAGUGAAAUAAAUCUCAAGAGAGUUCAAGUUUGCUGCUUUUGCAAUCAAUCUCUGAAUACCAUGCACAGAGAACAUAGUAUUAAAAAAACACAGUUGAUCAUAUACGUACAUACAGUACAUUAUUUCUUGUAUGGAAUUUACUUGUUUUGACUGUUUUUAUAAACAUGUUUUAAUUCAUGCUUUUUUACCAUUGUGCAUGAGUUCAAGGCAAGUUGUGUCCUGAAUAAAAUCUGUAUUGAUUUGAUAGGUUUUCUUUCUAAUUGCAUUUUAGCGAAAUGAAUGAAAAGCAUUUCCUCUGCACAAAAUGUACCAAAUGAUAAUGAUAAAAAUAAACCACUAUAAAUAAGCUUUCCAUUUCCCAGUUCAAAAUGCAGAUGAACUGGUAAAAGAUAUGAAAAGCAUUUUAACAAUAGGGACUAGAUAUUUAUGUUAAAAUUUUGGCCUAAGCGCACAGGUACAAUAAAGAAUACCUUAUUAAUACUUAUUCACACCAUAAAAUUUUGAUGUUCUUGAAAUAGACCGUUAGGGAUUGUCUUGAUUAAAGGUACUAAGAAAAUUCAACAUCGGUGGCAAGUGUGGCAAACAAAUCAAGCAAAACUCAAAUUGCUAUUUCAAGCUGUCACAAUCAAAUGGGUAUCAGAGUCAGUCAACCAGUAGGACCUGCAGGGGGGUGCCAGAAUGGGCACCUGCUAACUAGCAUAAAACUGGACAUUGAAAUGAAGGAUAAUUCUCCUCCAGAACUGUUCUUUAGAUGUUCAGUUUGUGAAAUUUCAUUUCGAAUGACGCCUUGCUCAGAGCUGGACCAGUCAGAUCAUGCUGCAUAUGGUGACUAUGGUACAAGUACUGGUAGUGCACCAGCUACCUUGACCAGCCUGUGCACUCUAGGACAUGAGCCAGAGCAGAGUGUAGAAGGGUUAAGACUGAAGGAUGAUUCUCAGGGAUUGAUAAAACCAGAACCAGAGGUGACAUGUACUGGUGUGGCCAGUGCCUGCAAUAGUGCUGCUGAUACUGACAGUGAGUUUGAUUCAGAUUUGCAUGUCAGCAGCUUUGAAAUUGAAAUGAACAAUGAUACAUUUACAUCAGAGAAUGUUGGAGAUGACAUGUCCCAUGGAAGUGAUGAAGAUGAAGGGACAUGUAAUUCUGCUGAUAAAAAUUAUGGACAGAAUGGUGUUCCGGACCAAGGUGACGAACUUUCCAAAUGGAAAAGGCAGAGUCGGUAUUUUUGUAGUGAAUGUGGAACAUAUUUUACAACACGUAAAAAUCUUCUUUCACACAUUCAUGCAGAGCAUAACCCAGUUUUGCCUGAAGAGAGGUCAACUACAUGUAAACGCUUGUUGAGGAAUGAUUCUAGACAGGGUGAACAUGCCAGUAUAUCCAAAAGAACAAAACUACAGGCGAGUCCAGUGCCUCAGUCCCAGAUUCCUGGACAGUCUCAGUUUAGGUCUGGGAAAGCUAAAAGAUUAAGAAAACUGUCAUGUAAAUUUUGCAAUUCCACCCAGGGCGAGUUGGGAGAAUGCACAGUGUGGGGCCACGCCUGCCCCAGAACAGACACCAUUGUUUUUAUAUGUUCAGUGUGCCAUGAGUAUUAUGAAAACUUUGACAGUGUCAUGGAUUGUGAAAGAAAACACAGGCUUGUAACUACUGCACAUGAUAAAGAGGAAUACAAGUGUAUUUUUUGUAACAAAACCUUCCAGGACAUGCAACAAACUAAAAGGCAUGAAACCUGUCACAGUCAGGUCGACUCGGUAGCUUCAUCUGAACUGUCUGAAUCAGCCCCUAUCCCCAGUGCUCCCAGUUUAAAAGACCUGUAUAAACUUAAACAGCAGACUGGCACUGUAACUGCAUUUGCCACAAGACUAGUGAAACGGUUAUUUUCUAGAGUAGAGAUAAUUGGAGCUAAUAUUAAUGGUGUUAAUGGAAAGAAAAGGUUAAAUGCUGAAAAGAUUGAAACAAUUAAAAGAAGUUUGUGUCAGGCUUUUGGAAUGACCAAUUAUGGCCUAGACCUCGAAUGGCCUAAAAUAAGAUCAGCCAUCGAUAGUUAUUGUCGAGGUUUUUCCAGGAGGGAGAGGCUUAAGCAGAAUGAAUAACUGAUGUGUGUAGCACUUAUUCUGGUUUGACUUAUCAUGGUAAUGAACAGAACUUUGUGUAGGUGUAGUGUAAAUAGUGACACAUUGAUAAUAUUGUAGUAAAAUCAAACAAGCAUGAGAGAUAAUGUCAUGUUUCAACUGGAAUAUAACAUCACUGGCCUAAAAAUUGCCCAAGAGUUAUUAUUAAUUUCCAGUUCUCAUUAUGCAAAACUGAAUAUUUACAAAUGUACUGGAAUGUAAUUAAAGCAUUAAAUUUUUUAUAGUAUUAAAUUGCAAGAUGAUUGACAGUUUAUAAUCUGAUGUAUUUUUCCACUCUUUAAUAUGGGCAGCCACUGUUUAUAUGGGCAAAAAUGAGAUAACAGCCAUGUAGUCACCCCAUAUAAUCUGAAUAAUUCUGAUUGACAAAUUAUUCUUCAUAUAAUUAGGAGCAUAUUAGUAAUACGGUUAUUUUAAGGAUGCUUGAUUGGGUUUAUAAAAAUUGUGGGUUUUCUUUCAACUAAAAAACUGAUCUGUAGGCCAGAGAUUAUUAAAAAAGAUAACUCAGCCUAGAAACCAAGAAAAAAAAUCUUACUAAAAUGUAUUUUAGAACAACCCACCACAAUAUGUAACUAGACGGCAAAGCUUGCAAAUGUACAGACACCAUGCAGGAAACAAGCCAGCAAAGCUGUUACAUGUUCAGACAUUAGGCAG